AUGGCUUCUCCAGUAUUCCAAAGAGUCAUUGUUCUUGGAGCAGGGGGCAGUCUUGGACCUGCCAUCCUGAAAGCACUCGCAAGACAUUUCGAAGUAUCGAUCCUCACUCGCAAAUGCUCAACUUCCUCUUUCGCACCCACCUUCAAGGUUGUUACCAUCGCAGAUGACUAUCCAACCGCCGAACUCCUUGAAGCUUUCAAAAACCAAGAUGUUGUUGUAUGCUUGAUGUCGCCAUGGGCCUGUGAGAGUCAAAAGCAAAUCAUCGACGCUGCUGUCAAGGCUGGAGUCAAGAGAUUUAUUCCCGCCGAGUUCGCGUACGACUCGACGAAUGCAAAUGCCAUCAAACACUUGCCUGCAUUGCAAAUCAGAGCGAAUAUUGUUACACAUCUUCAAGCGCAGGAGUCCAAGGGUCUCACCUGGACAGCUUUUAUUACCGGCCCGUUUCUGGACUGGUGUCUCUUGAAUGGAAGGAUGGGUUUCGAUGUGGUCAAUCGAGAAGCGAUGAUAUUUGACCAGGGGGAUCAGCCGUUCUCUACAAGCACGCUCGCAUUGAUCGGAGAUGCUGUGGCGAGAGCUUUAUUGCAACCCGAGGCGACACAAAACCGUCGCUUAUUCGUCUCCUCCGUUACCACCACGCAAAACAAAAUCUUGGCCGCUCUCCAGAAACAUUCAAAGGAACCUUGGAAGACAACGAGUGUGGAAUCAAGGACAAAGGUCGACGAGGCGAAUGAAAUGUUUAAAACCGGAGGAGAUCCUGUUGAAGCGUUCAAGUUCCUAAUUAUGGCUGUUCAAUAUGGCGCAAACACUGGUAGUGACUUCUCUGGUAGAGAUUCAAACGAGCUUUUGGGUCUUGUUCAUGAAGAUCUUGAUGAGAUCGUGCAACGAGUCCUGGACGACUAG